AUGGCUGUAGAUAUACCACGUACUGUAAUUGCAAAGUUGCUCUUCUUUACCAUCGCUGUGGCCGUAAUCCCUGUAAUUACGUUCUUCACGGUACAGCAGUACACCGAUAAUACUUUAGUAAGUGGUGGACUUGCUGCGUUAGCGGCCAAUAUCGUCCUAGUCGCUUAUGUCGUGAUGGCUUUCAUGGAGGACUCACCAGCUCCAGCUUCUAAGGAGGACGAAACAAAGAAAGUACAGUAA